AAUGGAAAGAAAAUAAAACACGCAGACACAUCAAACGCACCCGCCCGUCAGAAACUUCCAAGCGGCGGCUCCUUCUCCCGUCGGCGUUCGUCCCCACUUUCUCUCGUCACCAUUUUCUCCUCCCACGGGAAUUCCCUUUCACCAAAACACGCACACGCUCUCGCUCUCUCUCUCUCUCUCUACCAACAAUCUUCAGUAGUAUAUAAAAUUGCUGCAUGCAAUAGAGAUAUUCCAAUUGAAUACUGUUGCUCAUUUACACAAAAACAAUUCCACAUAAAUAUAAACACCGCUUCAAUUUUCUUCUCCUUUACCAAUCACACUUUGUCGUUUCUAGACUUUUCCCCCAAUCCUUCUCUCUCUAUAUCUUUCUACGGAGUCACGGAAAGAGAGUUUCCUCAUCUACAACAACAUCCGCAUACAUAAAUUUUCUCCGUAUACAGCUAGAAAUUUUGGAAAUGGCGAUCAUGGAGUCGCCGGAGAUUGUGGUUGCAGCGACGGCGACUACGACUACGACGAUCUCCAGCGCGGAGAAUAAGGAGGAGAACUCGAAUUACGAUCGGAGCGGUUCUCUUAGGAGGAGGACAGCGAGUUCGGUGGUGGUGGAGGCUGUCGCCGCCGCCGCGGCGAAGGACGUAGUGAAGACUCCUGAGUCGGAUUCGGACUUGGACUCGAGUUCCAAAGGGAACUCGACGGAUGAUAAUGAGGAAAGGAGUCGAAGUAAACUGGUGUAUGGGAGUAGUGGUGGGGUGGAAUUGGUGAGGGAAUUGAGCAACGCAAAGGAUGAUAAGGACAAGGUUGGGAGUGGCGAAGGCAGGGGAGGUGGUGGUGGUAGUGGUGGUGGAGUUGAGUCGUCGUCAUCGUCGUCGUGGAAGUUUGCUUACAGACCUUCUGCGCCGGCUCACCGGAGAAUCAAGGAGAGCCCUCUUAGCUCUGACGCCAUUUUCAAACAGAGCCAUGCGGGUCUUUUCAAUCUCUGUAUUGUGGUACUUGUUGCGGUAAACGGCCGGCUUAUUAUUGAAAAUUUGAUGAAGUAUGGGUGGUUAAUUAAGUCAGGUUUUUGGUUUAGUUCGAGAUCACUGGGGGAUUGGCCUCUUCUCAUGUGCUGUCUCAGUCUUCUUGUUCUCGCGCUUGCGUCAUUUUUUGUUGAAAAAUUGGUGCAGAAAAAGUACAUUUCUGAACCGGUGGUUGUCAUUCUACAUAUCAUAAUAAGUACAACUGCGAUUCUGUAUCCUGUUGUUGUCAUUCUAAGGUGUGAUUCUGUUGUUCUCUCGGGCGUGAACUUGAUGUUGUGUGCCUGCGUUGUGUGGUUAAAAUUGAUAUCCUAUGCGCAUACCAAUUAUGACAUGAGAGCAGUUGCAAAGUCACUCGAGAAGGGGGAAGUCUUGCCCAACUAUUUGAAUACGGAUUUCAGCUAUGAUGUGAGCUUUAAGAGUUUGGCAUACUUCAUGGUUGCUCCAACAUUAUGUUACCAGCUAAGCUAUCCACGCACAGCUUACAUUCGGAAAGGUUGGGUGGUGACUCAACUCAUCAAGUUGGUAAUUUUUACAGGUUUUAUGGGAUUUAUCAUAGAGCAGUACAUCAAUCCAAUCGUGCAAAACUCCCAACAUCCUCUGAAAGGAAAUCUUCUAUAUGCGAUUGAAAGGGUCUUGAAGCUUUCAGUUCCAAAUUUAUACGUUUGGCUCUGCAUGUUUUACUGCGUUUUCCAUCUAUGGUUAAAUAUACUUGCUGAGAUACUGUUUCGGGAUCGUGAAUUUUACAAGGAUUGGUGGAACGCAAAAACAAUAGAUGAGUAUUGGAGAAUGUGGAACAUGCCUGUCCAUAAAUGGAUGGUUCGCCACAUUUAUUUUCCUUGCAAUGGGUUACCUAAGGGAGUUGCAAUACUCAUUGUGUUCCUUGUUUCUGCUAUCUUCCACGAGCUGUGUAUUGCUGUUCCAUGCCACAUAUUCAAGUUUUGGGCAUUCAUUGGUAUCAUGUUUCAGGUUCCUCUGGUUGUAUUGACAAACUUUUUGCAAGCCAAGUUCAAGAAUUCGAUGGUGGGGAAUAUGAUAUUUUGGUGCUUUUUUUGCAUUCUUGGUCAACCCAUGUGUGUGCUGCUUUAUUACCAUGACUUGAUGAACAGAAAAGGUAAUUCAACAUAGCCGGAAAAUUGUUCGCCGAUGGAGCGGGGACUAUCUGGAUUCCAGCUGUCCUGGGCUUUUACUAGUGUAGGUGCAUACCCGCGACUGUACUUGGACCAUCUGCGUCUGCAAUGCAAUGUCGCCUCGCGUGAUGUGUUGUUCCGUGCAUAUAGCCAUAGCAUAUUCGGACCCUUCUGAAUUGAGUUUGGGCUAACAAUUUUGGUACGAAAUGUAAUGCGUGUGUAAUGUGUAUCAGUAGCAGCAAGCCGGCAAUGAUGUAUACAUUGACUGUUUGUAAAUUAUCCAAUUUUUCAGGUCCAUGGUAAUAUGUUGUGCCGUCAAGCUCUUGUAUAAGUUACCCGUUUCUUUAUUCCAUUUAUUUUGGUACAAUAAAAAUUUGGGGCACCUGUGAAUUUGGCCUCAGAAUUUA